AUGGACAAACGCUUCGUCACGCUGAGUUCGGGGAACGACUUCAUAACGCUUCUGAAGAGGCUGUCCAAGGAGAACUUCCCUCUCUACGACAGCAACAGACAACGCGUCCUCGAGAUGGACGGUUCCGGCCUUGACCUCUUCGGCGUCGCCAACUUCUCCGUACAUCUAACUGCCUGGGCCAAUACAGACAACGGCAUCAAAUGCUGGAUCCCCCGUCGGGCUGGGCGAAUGAGCUACCCCAACAUACUCGACAACACUGUCGGCGGCAGUCUCAGGAUGGGCGAAGUCCCAAUUGACUGCAUCAUUCGGGAAUGCGAAGAAGAGAUCUGUCUGGACCCCGCUUAUACUCGGGAACACAUCAGAGCCUGCGGUACAGCUUCUUACCAUAUGGUGGUCAACGAGUGCGGCUCGCCCAGGUGCCAGCUACAGACUCAAUAUCUGUACGAGAUGGAACUGCAGGCCGACAUGGUGCCCAGUAUCGGCGACGGCGAGGUCGCCGAGCUGGCCCUCAUGACGAUUGAGGAGGUCAGGAAUUCCAUGAGAAACGGGAAGUUCAAGCUCAAUUGCAACAUGACCUGGCUGGCGUUCCUCAUCCGCCACGGCCACCUGACUGCCGAGAACGACCCAGACUUCCUCGAGAUCUGCGCCCGCCUGCACCGCAGACACGAUCUCUUCGUUGCUUAG